AUGACCACAUCAUACGGACUUGUCAAUAUUCCACAAACAAUAUUUGAUAAGGUAGAUAAUGCAGAUUUGGAUAUAAGCGAUGAGAUGGAAGAAGUUCGCGAACUUUUGUACGAAUUAAUCAAAACAAAUUUUUCAUCGGGUGUUAUGGUAGAUCACUUAGCGAAAAUAUAUAAGGAAAGCUAUGAAAAGCGUGGUUUAGGACCGUUGCUUCCGGAUAAUUGGCUUGAUCAUAUACGAGUAGCGGAAGAAUUUGAAGUUGUUAAUCGUGGUCCAAUUGCAAUGGUUUAUACACGACAACGCGAUGAACGGCCAUUUAUUGAACCGUUAUGUAAUUCUUUGAGUAUUACGAAGGCGUGUGCAUCGCCUCAGUCAAAGGAAACAGCUCGAAUUAGGCUCACUGAUCGAGAAUUGGCUCAACAGAUGAAAUCAAUAUUGUCAUUCGAACCGAUCAUUUGUCCUUCAACAGUAAGCGUUAUUGUGAUGAAAUGUGAUGACGACUCGGCCGAUAUAUCUGUGCAAUUGGCCGGUACAAGAAAUAAUUUUGAAUUGCUGCGGUCGGCAAUGGAUUCACACUAUGAAGAGCAAUCGUCCGGGGAACCAGUGGCAGAACCUGAAUUGGGUGGUGUUUAUGCAGUUCGCGAAUCAGAUGGACAUUGGUAUCGAGCACUGCUGAAAGUUCCUGAAUACUUCACAUUAUUGGAUAAUGGUCGAAUCAUACAUGUGAACGGUGCAACGAUUCGACGUCUUCGUGCGGAAUAUGCGCUUCCAAGAAUAUAUCCCAUUUAUGCGUUCAUUGUUACUUUGGGUAAAAAGUGUGAUAAUGCUCCAUCGCUGUGUAUUUUGCGAACUGCUUGCCAUACUCAACUUCCGUUAUCGCUACGAUUUGUAUCCGCAUAUAUAGAAAAUGGAUUAGUUAAAUACAGUGUUCAAAGCUCGACUGUGUGGAUUAAGGAUCGGAAAGAACAAGAGCAAAAUGUGAUAAAAGUAAUACCAACAUCGCCACAGUAUUCACUGACCACUGGAAGAGUGGAACUAGUUGCCAUGGAGUUAAGUGACAUGCCAAAGAAACGCUUUGCUGCUCAUAUUUUGGCUGUAUUCGAUCCCGAUAGCAUCAGCAUACGACAAUGCUCAUUUGAUCCAAUCCCAGACUACAUAAGCAGUGCAGUAAAGCGAGAUUCAUUGGCGCAACCGUCACCACCACCCUUCAGCGAGUUAAUACCAGGAUGUUUCUAUGCUGCGAAAUUGCGUCAAGAUUCGAAUUGGGAACGUGUACAGUUGCUUGGUCCAAGCGCUAUUGAUGCUGAUUGUUUCCGUGUCUAUUCUGUUGACAUUGGCUUAUUCGGUAUUGUCCGUAAAUCGAAUAUGCGUCAUCUCAAAACUCCAAAUGGAUUACGAAAAAUUUUGAUGGCUAAAUGUAAGAUAGCAGGAAUUAAGCCAAAAGAUGGUGGUGAAGUAUGGAGUCGUGAGAGUCAAGCAGCGAUAUGUAAUGUAUUAACUGCUGCAGAACACAUAGAAGUGGAACCAGUCAGCGAUUGGGAGCUGUUUGGGGAUCCCGGUUGUACUGUAAUACCGUUUGCGACGGUAAAGAUUUUCGCGGAUGGUAAUAAUGUUGGUCAAAUGAUUUUUGAACAAGGAUAUGCCCAAUGUAUACAGUGA